AUGGAUGCGCUUCACCGCGCGCAUCUUGCGGCACUGGCGCCGUCUCCGGUGACGGCAUUUGCCGCCGACGAGCGCUGCGUGGCGGUCGGACGAGAGAACGGAAACAUCGAAAUUUGGGAACCUGAUACAUGGGACUGCAUUCAGACCAUUCCGGGCACAGCUGCCACCGCAGCCACAAGUCUCGUGUGGCUGCCCAGCCCACACAAGGCUGCCCGGCACAGGCUGCUGUCCGCCGGGCUAUCGGGCGACAUCGUCGAGUGGAACCUUCGCAGCCUCGUCCCAGCCGCAGCGACUGACAGCGCCGGGGGCGCCAUCUGGGCCAUGGCGCACCGCCCGGCUGCUGCGGGGGAGGACGCAGCAAUGGUUGCGGCCGCCUGCGACGACGGCUGCGCCCGCGUCUUCCUCGCAGAAGCCGACGAGGCCGGCGUGCAGUACCACCGCCGGAUGCCGAAGACCGAGGGCCGCGUCCUCAGCGUCGCGUGGCACCCGGCCGGAUCGAUCCUGGUGAGCGGCGACAGCGAGGGGCUUGUGCACUGCUGGGAGUGGGAGACCGGACGGGAACUCGUCCGCUUGAAUGUGUGCGACCCGGGGCGCGUCGUACAGACCUGUGUCUGGGCGUGCGUGGUCCUGCGGGAUGGCACCAUCGUGGUUGGGGACGCCACUGGCUGCGUGACCUUCGUGGACGGGAGCGACGGCACAACGAUUCGGGCCUUCCGACAGCACGCUGCCGACGUUCUGGCGCUCGCGAGCGACGCUGCGGGGGAUCGCGUGUUUGCGACCGGCGUCGACUUGCAGGUCUCGAUGUUUCAACGCACGGGAGAGGCAGCAGGUGCUGUCCCUGGCCAGGGCGGGACGGGCACGUCCACGUGGGUGUACACGUCGUCGAAACGUGCGCACACGCACGACGUACGGUGCCUGGGCGUCGUGCGUACGAGCGCGGGUGAGACGCUGCUGUCGGGUGGGAAUGACGGGCGCGUGGUGGUGUACGAGGUUGGGGGCUUCCUGGACACGCACGCCUCGCGGCUGCCCCGCAGCGCCGGGCGUACGGUGGUGGGGCACUGCGCGGUCGGCGGUGCAGACGCGGUGUUCUGCGGCGAUCUCGAUGCCCGCACGGUGGACGUGUGGCGACUUGGCAGCUGCGAGGUGCCGCCCGCCGCGGAUGAGGGCGCCUCGGCCGACCUCACCGCACCUCCGGCACACCUCCUCCGCAUCGAGACCCCGUUACCGCAUGCCCUGCUGUGCGCGACCGUGUCCCCCGACUGCGAGCACGUUGUCGCGUCGGACACAAAAGCGACGCGAAUGUUCCGAGUCGAUGCGUCCGGUGACGCACCGACCGUUCAGCGCCUGGGCCGCGGCAACAGCAGCCGGGCAUCGCAGCUGCCCGCUGCCCGUGCCGCAAUUGUACAGCAGCAGCGCGGCCGGGCCGUGCUCAUGACUCUUGAGAGUGGUCUGGUCGCAGUCGACCUCGACACGCUCGAGAGGGAGGAAAUCGAUUGGAGACACGUCAGGGCUACUGUCGGGCCUCGCAACCCUGCAAGGCUUCUCGCCACGGACCCGGACGAGAAGUGGCUGGUCGUCGCUACGCGCCACGAGCUGCACGCUUACAGCUGCGCUGACGGCAUCAAACACCACGGCAGGCUGCCUGUGCCGGAGGGACCCAUCACGGCGCUCUCCUUCAGCCCAGACAGCGAGCUGCUUGCCGUCGGGACCGCAAGCAACUACGUCGCGCUCGUGGACGUUCAGCGCAGGGCGCUGUCACCGCUUUCGGAGGUGUUCGCCGGCGACGUCGGGGACAGGAUCGAGGCGAUGCCCGGCGACAUCAUGUCGCUGAGUUUCCACCCCAAGAGACCAUCACUGUUGCUCAUCGCCACGCCUGCAGCCUUCUGCUACGUCGACCUCGCCGUCGAUCAAGUGCAGGAGAGCCAGCCGGCGCAGCCCACGCGCCGCCGGACGCGUGUACGCGAGGAGCCUUCGGCGAUCGGGGAGAGGGGCAGCAACGGGAGAGUCCUGCUUCUCGACUCCUUCUGCCUGCACGUAGGGUUCUCGCGGACGGGGCAAAUGACGCUCCUGGAGGUCGCGAGAGAGGCGCUCGAGACGGUGCCGGAGCCGAUGUACCGGCCGGAGUUCGGAAACAAGUAG